UCAAGAAGUCCAUUGAAAAUGCCGCUGGCCAAAAUGGAUAGUUUUUUGAAGUAUGCCAACUUCUUUUACUCGGCCGUUGGCAUUGAGCCCUAUACGAAAAUGUCGCGUUCGAGUGUCGCCAGCCGCUGGAUCAGUCUUGUGUUUUGGGCCAACUUAAUCAACCUCAGCCUCAAUCUCCUUGGCGAGUUGGGUCUUGUGCUGAUUGCCUUUGCCACCGGAGAGCACAUUUUGGAGGCCAUUACGGUCAUGUCGUAUAUUGGCUUCGUUUCAGUGGGCAUAAUUAAAAUGAUGUUUGUAUGGCAAAAGAAACCGGCGCUCAGCCACAUUAUAUGGGAGUUGGAGAAAGUGUUUCCAUGUGACAAGGCGGCUCAAUUGGCUUACAAUUUGGACAAAUAUUUAAAUUCCUGUUUGCGCAUCAGCUUCACCUUUUCCAUGUUAUAUUCCGUGCUUAUUUGGACAUAUAAUCUAUUUGAUAUUAUGCAAUAUUGCGUAUACGAUUUGUGGCUCGAGAUGCGCGAAGUGCCACUAUUGCUGCCCUAUCCAAUUUAUGUACCAUGGCACUGGCAAGGCCAUUGGAGUUAUUAUCUGCUGGUCAUCUCCCAGAAUAUUGCAGGUUACACUUCGGCAGCGGGACACGUGUCGACAGACCUGCUGCUCUGUGCUAUUACCACUUUGAUCGUCAUGCACUUUGAUUAUUUGGCCAGGACGAUUGAGAAGCAGGUGCUGAGCGGUGAUUGGUCAAAGGACUCGCGCGUGCUCUUCGAUGUGGUUCAGUAUCAUGAGCGCCUGCUGCUUCUCUCUGAUCAACUCAAUGAGGUCUUUGGAGUGCCCUUGCUUAUGAACUUGCUCAUCUCAUCGUUUGUUAUUUGCUUCGUGGGAUUUCAGAUGACAGUUGGCGUUCCGAUUGAUUUACUUAUUAAAUUAUUUCUCUUUCUAAUCUCUUCACUGUGCGAGGCCUACUUGAUUUGCCAUCAUGGACAACUGAUAGCCGACGCGAGCUUUGGUAUUUCAGCGGCAGCCUAUAAUCAGAAUUGGUACUAUGCGGAUGUGCGAUAUCGCAGAUCAUUGAUUUUAAUCAUAGCGCGAUCUCAAAGUCCAGUAUAUCUCAAGGCAACGGUUUUUAUGAAGAUCACCAGAGGCACCAUGACGGAUCUACUGCAAUUAUCGUACAAGUUUUUUGCGCUACUUCGCACCAUGUAUGCCGUAUAG